AACAACGCGGACCACGGAAAAGAGCACAUGCAAGUCAGAAGUAACGGCAUUUGUUUAAGCAGCAUUGUAACGGCAUUUGCCUCAUUUGGUGUUUUAGCAACAUUGUAUUUUUUAUUUUUUGUUUAAACCAUGUUUGUGCGGACCAAAAGAUUUGAAAUGAAACCAACUGUAGCUGUAACCGACUCCGACAUGGAAUGCAUCAAUUUCGGAAUAGAUCUGACAUCGAAGAAGACGCCCAAGCCAGCAGUUUGCAAGACGGUUUGCAAAUGCUUUGCGAUCACUUAUGAGGACUAUUGCCGGCACACCUCGCUGCACGGUGUUCAGUAUCUGGGAGAGGAGAAGCGGCCGUUUAAGGAGCGAAUCUUUUGGCUGUCUGUGUUCGUGGUGUCCAUCUACUGUUGUGCGAACCUAAUCCUGAGUGCCUACACUAAAUGGAAUGAAACGCCAGUGAUUGUCAGCUUUGCGGAGAGAUCGACGCCCGUAUGGAAUAUACCUUUCCCGGCGGUCACCAUUUGCUCGGAGACGAAGCGUGUACUUAAAACGAAAGGCAACAAUUCUUUUGUAAAUCUGUACAGUCAACUCUCGGCUGAUAUGCGAGCCUCACGCGUCUUCCAGCCACCAAAUAUCACAUCCAUUGAAAUGGAGGAGUUCCGUACGCUGCUCCACGUAUGCAAUACGCACAGCAUCCAACAGGAAAUGCCAAUUAUACCUGGUGACAAUCUGGACUACUACAAGCUGCUGGAACGCAUGUUGCCGCCAUUUGACCGCUAUUUUUUCUAUUGCCGCUGGUUGAGCCGGUUCAAUGAGUGCGACAAAUACUUUCGACCAACGCUGACCGAGGAGGGCAUAUGCUAUACGUUCAAUGGACUGCGCCCCACUGAUAUUUAUCGGAAGGAUACCUACCAAUAUCAUCACAGCGUCCAGAAUGUCUCACACUCGACUUGGAGUCUGGAGACGGGCUAUGAUCCAGCGAGCGAUGUGGAAACGUAUCCAGCUCGUGUGCUUAGCGCUGGCGCCCGAUCGGGCAUCUUUAUGACAUUGCAGAGCUUUAAGCAGGAGGUGGACUAUGCAUGCCGUGGACCCGUGCAGGGUUUUAAGGUGUUGCUGCAUGCACCAGAUGAUGUGCCGCAGGUGUCCAAGCAAUUCGUACGCAUACCCAUGGGCAGGGAGGUGCUAAUAGCUGUGAAGCCCAAUAUGAUAACCACAUCAGCGGGCAUUGCCGAGUACCAUCCACUGCGGCGACAGUGUUUCCUCAGCCAUGAGCGUUCGUUACGUUUCUUCAAAGUCUACUCCGAGUCCAACUGCCAACUGGAGUGCCUGGCUAACUUCACGUUGACCAAAUGCGGCUGUGUCAAGUUCUCGAUGCCACGCAGCCUGGACAUGCCGGUGUGCAGUGAGGACAAGAUCUACUGCUAUAAUAUGGCCGAGCGUGAGCUGUUAGUGCGCGAAUUCCAUCGCGUUCGUAAACUUAAUUCAAACAGCGAUAUGUCUAGGGAUUUGGAAACCGCAUGCAAUUGCAUGCCCGCCUGCACUUCGCUCGUCUACAACACAGAAAUUUCGCAGGCCAACUUCGAUUUGCAUGAAAUGUUGGCGGCUGAAGGGGAUACGGAGUUCCUACGCGAUUAUCCGGGCUCUCAGAUGUCCAGGCUAUCAAUUUACUUCAAGCAGAAUCAAUUUAUUACCUCAAAGCGUUCCGAACUGUAUGGCGUAACCGAAUUUUUGGCCAAUUGCGGUGGCAUCUUUGGUCUUUUUAUGGGAUUCUCAAUAUUAAGCCUUGUGGAGAUGUUAUACCACUUUACUUUGCGUUUCGGGGUCAACCUGAAACAAUUGUUUAAAGUGGACUCAUAGUCCAAUGCCAGGUGUAUAAUUUGUGCUGUUCAUCCGCAGCUAUCAUGUUGCGCAUGUAAACAGAUCAAGUUUUUUUUAGUAUGUUA